UGGUUUUGAAGACCAGCUAAACCCUAAGCCCUAAAAUCGAAAUCACGCUCAUCAGCGAGAGAGACGAUGGAUCACAUAGCUGCGGCGGAGGAGCAAAUCGUAACGGAGAGACUAACUAGGAAGCUUGAAGAAGUUAACGCAGCUGCUCAGUCUCAGCUUUCUCCUAUCCAAGAUCACAUUAAUUUCACCCUCCAGCAAGCUUAUUUCAAAUGUGCAUAUGAGUGCUUUGACAGAAGAAGAAAGCAAGAGGAGAUAAGUAACUGCGUCGAGCACUGCAGUGUUCCCGUUGUCAAAUCUCAACAGCACUUCGAGAACGAAAUGGCUCAGUUUCAGGAAAGACUGAACAGAUCACUGAUGGUGUGUCAAGACAAAUUUGAAACUACAAAGCUCCAGAAGAUCAGGCCUGAAGCUGUUAGCGAGAUGGAGAGUUGCGUCCUCAAAUCCAUUGAGGAAAAUCUCAAUACAUUACCCCAUAUUGUGCAGAGAAUGAAGACAGCAUUUAACAUGACUUAACUUAAAAAUCUCAAAUCCUUAAAACAGAACGUGACUACUGCUGGCCCAUUGUUUGAAUGUUGCAGUCUUUUACUUAAGACCUUCUUUUGUUGUCUUCUUCUUUACUUUAUGAACUUGUUUUACUUGUUCUUUUGUUGGCUACUACAUUAGGUUUAAUAAAUUUGGCUACUGGAUUGAAAAACUGUCUUUUGUUUGCUCUU